CUCACCGUUCUGCAUGGGCCCUUAAAGUUUGUUUGUUCGCUGAAUGCGGCGUGUGAUGAAAACGUGUUACUGAUCCCGUUCGGCAAUAAUCAGAUGAAUCUGAUUUGGGACAUCUGAUACAUUCUUUGGACUUUCGAGACGCCGAUAGUUGCCAUUACGCACGAAACUCAGUUGGCCGACCUACUUUUAACACCGUUGCCUUGAGGAAAGAACGACUUGGUUAGAAACGGUGCGCUUGUAAUCAUCCAGGAGCUGAAUUACAACAACUUUAAUGCCAAUCACAAACGAGGAUACGCGAUACGCUCCGCAACUCCAAGCUACGGAAAAGGCGCUGGAAGAUCUUUGGUAGACACUUUGGCUAUCCGGACACUUUUGGGUGAAUUGCAACUUUUGAGCACCAGUUUGAUUCCCUGAAACAUCAAAAGAUACGGUUGCUCUUUCGAAAGAGAAAUUGACAUUCCUGUAGUGGCUAAGUUAAGCUCCAACGUAGCCACCAGAUGGUUGCUAAGAAGGGUUAAACUGUAUCUAAAGGGAGUUGGAAAAUCCAGCCUUUCUUCCACACGGAUCAACUCAUUGGGUGGGAGCAGCAAGAGAGACAAGAGUCCCCAGCAAAUCAGCGGCUAAUUGAUUAAAGAGACUUCAUUUGAAUAGGGGGCUGGCAAGGUGCCAAUCGCCUUUCAGAGGACCCCCCCUCCCCCUCCCCUCCAUGAUUAAUCGCGAGGCAUUAUUGAUAAUCAUAACAGGACACAUGCGCGGUGGAUGGGCUCGAUUUCCGUAAUUUUGAGCAGAUUUGAUAGUAAUUUUUUAUUCUUUCGUGGCUGAUGCGUGAGCCAGCAUGUCGCGGAGGAAACAAGCGAAGCCGCAGCAUUUCCAGUCCGACUCGCAGCUGGUCCUAACCGAGCACAAUGGGGACACAGAGACCAACCCGGACGUCUCCCCCUGUAAAGACUCGGGUGCCCAUGUCUGCAGCAGAUGUUGCGCAGAGUUCUUUGAACUAUCGGACCUUGAAAAACACCAGAAGAAUUGCACUAAGAAUCAAUUAGUUCUAAUUGUGAAUGAAAAUCCAGUGUCUCCUUCCGGAACCUUCUCCCCAGGAUCCUCUCCUCAUAAUCCUGAUGAGCAGAUGAAUGAUACAACUAAUAACACAGAUCAAGCAGAGUUGACCGACCUUUUGGAGCAGAACAUACUUGACAAAGAGGAGGCCAUGGACACAGAGAUGUCAGGAGUCUCUGCACCCCAUAAUGAUGGAAGUGGAUGUAUGGCAGGCGGCAGCCCACUCAGUGGUAUUGGAAGCAGCCAUGGAGCUCUGGGCAGCUCUGGGUCCAGUAUGGGAAACUCUGUCAUCUCUGCCUCACUACCUCAGCUGGGUAACUUGACUGAGUUGGGCAAUUUUUCCAUGAUCAACAGCAACGUCAUUAUUGAAAACCUACAGAGCACCAAAGUGGCUGUGGCCCAGUUCUCUCAAGAGACCAGAGCAGCGGGAGGGCAAAGAGUGGCUGUCCCAGCCCUCAUGGAGCAGCUCUUGGCCCUACAGCAGCAGCAGAUCCAUCAGCUACAGCUCAUUGAGCAGAUUCGUCACCAGAUUCUUCUGCUAGCGUCACAGUCACCUGAGCUCCAAGCACCACCUAGUUCUUCCCCUGUGACUUUAGGUUCAGGUACUAGCCCGCUAACCACUCUUAGUUCCCAUUUGUCUCAACAGUUGGCAGCUGCUGCAGGGUUGGCACAGAGCAUAGCUAGCCAGUCUGCAAGCAUUAGCAGUUUGAAACAGAUGGCUAAUGUUGCGCAGCUACCUCAGAGCAAUUCCAGUGUGGGAGAGUCAUCUCAAAGCCUUGGCACACCAGGGCCAGCUACAGUUAAUGCCCAACCUUCAGACAAGAGGCCAGGCAAUACAGGAAGCUUGCAUCCUCAGUUAGGAAACCCAUCACUUGCAAAGUCAUCCACACCAGCCUUUGCAAUGGGAAGCCUUUUGAAUCCUGUGGCUAAUACCCUUCUACCUCAGCCCCCACCAGGCAACCCAAUAUUUUCCAGUGCACUGCCCAGUGUUGGUACUACAGUUGAGGAUCUCAACUCACUGGCUGCACUGGCUCAGCAAAGAAAAGGCAAGCCUCCUAAUGUAUCAUCGUUUGAACCGAAGAGCAGCUCUGAGGAUACGUUUUUCAAACAUAAGUGCAGGUUUUGUGGCAAGGUGUUUGGUAGUGACAGUGCAUUGCAGAUUCACUUACGUUCUCAUACAGGUGAGAGGCCGUACAAGUGCAACAUAUGUGGCAACCGCUUUUCCACCCGUGGUAACUUGAAGGUUCAUUUUCAGCGUCAUAAAGAGAAGUAUCCACACAUUCAGAUGAACCCAUACCCUGUCCCAGAGCAUCUAGACAAUAUUCCAACGAGUACUGGCAUUCCCUAUGGUAUGUCUAUGCCUCCUGAGAAGCCAGUGACUAGUUGGCUCGAUAGUAAACCUGUUCUGUCUACUCUGACAUCUUCUGUUGGCAUGUUACUUCCACCAACUAUACCAAGCCUGCCUCCAUUCAUCAAGAAGGAAGAGAAUAACUCAGUGGCUAUAAGCAGCCCUUCUCAUUCUGCUAAAAGCGACUCAGGUCCUGCUGAUACACCUAUGAAGAACACAGAUAGUGUGUUGGAAGAAGGUGAGUGCACAACCCUGCCUACCUCAAAUGGAAAAGCUGAAGAAAACAAUCAGUCCUCCAGUUUAACAACAAACAUGAGCUCUGCAGUGGAGGGUACCAUUGAGUACACCACCUCCAACAGCCCUCCAAUGGCCACUAACCCACUCAUGCCUCUGAUGUCAGAACAGUUCAAAGCUAAGUUUCCAUUCGGGGGUCUCCUUGAUCCUCUCCAAGGCUCAGAAACUUCUAAGCUUCAGCAACUUGUUGAGAAUAUUGACAGGAAGGUGACAGACCCCAAUGAGUGUGUUAUCUGCCACCGUGUUCUUAGUUGCCAGAGUGCACUGAAAAUGCACUACCGCACACACACUGGGGAGAGGCCUUUCAAAUGUAAAGUGUGUGGUCGUGCCUUCACCACCAAGGGCAACCUCAAGACUCAUUACAGUGUCCAUCGAGCUAUGCCGCCACUGAGGGUCCAGCAUUCUUGUCCUAUUUGCCAGAAGAAAUUCACGAAUGCUGUGGUACUGCAGCAGCAUAUUCGCAUGCACAUGGGUGGCCAGAUCCCCAACACCCCUCUUCCUGACAACUAUCCAGAAUCCAUGGGGUCCGAUGCUGGCUCAUUUGACGAGAGAAACUUUGAUGAUCUUGACAACUUCUCUGAUGAAAACAUGGAAGGAAUUGAGGAUGGACCAGACAGCAGCAUUCCAGACACACCAAAGUCAGCUGAUGCAUCUCAAGACAGCGUCUGUUCAUCCCCUACUCCACAGGAGUUAUUAGGUAUGGAGAGCCAGAAGUGUGCCAACCAGGGAGCAGGAGAGGAAGUGCAGUGUGACCAAGGGAAAUCAUUGGAGAACGGAUUAAUGGAAGGAGACAGACUCACAAAUGACUCCUCUUCACUUGGAGGUGACAUCGAAAGCCAAAGUGCCGGAAGUCCAGCUGUCUCUGAAUCUACCUCUUCCAUGCAAGCUCCAUCACCCUCUAAUGGUACGAUCCAACAGCAAAAGUCUCCUAGUCUGGAGGAUCGGCAGCAGAGGGCAUUAUCAUUGGAGCACAUUAGUGCAGGUCUCAUGCAGUCUCAUUCUGCCAGUCCUGGAGCUCUGGAUCUUACUUCAAUUAACUCAUCAAAAGAUCCUCUUAGCAUGCUUUUCCCCUUCCGUGAGCGAGGCACCCUGAAGAAUACAGCAUGUGACAUCUGUGGCAAGACAUUUGCCUGCCAGAGUGCCUUGGACAUCCAUUACCGUAGCCAUACCAAAGAGAGACCGUUCAUUUGCACAGUAUGCAACCGGGGCUUUUCCACCAAGGGGAACUUGAAGCAACAUAUGCUGACCCAUCAAAUGCGAGAUUUGCCCUCCCAGCUCUUCGAACCCAACACCAGUCUUGCCUCUAGCCCAACUCCAUCCCUUCUGUCUGUUGGACCUUUGACCUCCAUGAUGAAGACUGAGGUCAACGGCUUUCUGCAUGGUCUUCAACCUGAAGUAAAAGACUUGCCCUCUGCACUAGUGACCUCAUCUGCUUCCACCUCUCCAGUACUUUCGACUGCCCCACCACGGAGGACGCCUAAACAGCACUACUGUACCACUUGUGGGAAGACAUUUUCCUCCUCCAGUGCCCUGCAAAUCCAUGAGAGAACCCAUACGGGAGAGAAGCCCUUUGCUUGUACCAUUUGUGGACGAGCAUUUACCACCAAAGGAAAUCUCAAGGUGCAUAUGGGUACCCACAUGUGGAACAGUGCUCCUGCACGGCGAGGUCGCAGGCUUUCAGUAGAUGGUCCCAUGGCUUUCCUGGGCACCAACCCUGUAAAGUUUCCCGAGCUCUUCCAAAAGGACCUAACCAGUAGAGCUGGAAACGGAGACCCAACCAGCUUCUGGAAUCAGUAUGCUGCUGCUUUCUCUAACGGCCUGGCCAUGAAAACCAACGAGAUCUCUGUGAUCCAGAAUGGAGGUCUGCCCCCUCCACUGUCAGGGAGUGUGGGCAAUGGGGGCAGUUCUCCGAUCGGAGGCUUGACGGGCAGCAUGGAAAAGCUGCAUAACUCUGAGCCCAAUCCUGCUCUGGCUGGCCUAGAGAAAAUGGCCAACACAGAGAAUGGGACUCACUUCCGCUUCACACGCUUCAUGGAGGACAAGGAGAUUGUGACCAACUAGAGAAUCGUUUUUGUUGUGCUCAUGAACAAACAUACACUCUUUAACUGGCACACACAAGUGCUCCGUAUAUGUGUCCAUGAAAGAGAAAAGCAAGAAAAAACUGAAUCAGCUUUUGCUUGCCAUUAAGACUUUAUGAAGAGGAGUUUGAAAAGAACUUGCUUUUUUUGUACAAUGUACAACACGUUAUAGUUUUUGGAGCUUAUUUAUUAGUGAUUAUAACCUUGCUCGAAAACCAAGUGGAAAUAUUAACAGUUACUUAGUUUUUAUGUUAUUUUCUGUUUAUCAGCAGAGUGAAUCUGUAUGAGUGUUUUAAAGUGUGCUUUUGAAACUUAGCUUUUCUUGGUAGAAGACUUCACCAUGGCAUUAAAUUAUUUUCUAUCUGUAGUAUGUGUUAACAAAACUUGAUGUUCAUGUAAUGAUUUAGAGCUUAAAAAGUGCAUCGUAAGGCUGUAAAUACUUUACACUUAUCUGUGCUAGAUGGUUUACAAGCUGUGUAGAAACUUUCCUCUGAGAAAUAUCAACAUUUCAUAAAUCCAGGGACAUAGAUUAGUCCUUUUCUCUCAGUCUUAGAAGUUAAAAAGAAAAAAAGAAAAAGAAAAAAAAAAAAGAGUUACAAAAGGGUUUCACCUCAGCUGUUUAUUUAGACCUUAGUAUUUUCAUUUUGCUUUUUUGUUACAUUCAGUUCUCACUCUUUGUGUUAAUAGGAUACAAAACUUAAACGGUUUUUAGAUGACAACAUGAAGAGGUCCACACACAUAUGAAUGAGAGGGAGAAAAACAAAAUGCCUUGUGUGAUCUUUGAGGUUUAGAUUUGCUGGGCUUUCAAACUGCUGCUAGGUACUAGCGUCUUUGUUUGACAUCUACUGCACAUCAUGUGUUGACGCACCCUAUACUUUUUUUUUUUUUUUUUUUUUCUCGGAUGUGGAGCAACAAAUUCCUUUACAACAAUUGUACAUAGUCUUACUCGAAGACAAAGUCCAUCUCGGCCAGGGGACAAAUGAUGAUAGUGUUUUUAUAAAUAUUAUAUAAAUAUAUAUAUAUGGACUGUUACAUGCACUUUCUUGAAAAGCUGAAAGAUCUUUUAGGGCCCAGUUUCUCUACAGUUUAAUACCUACUAACAACUACGAUACUGUAAUUCUUUACUCUAAUAAUCAAAUACAUCAGUUUUCCAAAAGAAA